AUGACGGUGGGCAUUUCCAGAGGCUAUGAGCCCGGACGAGUGCUGCUAUUCUUGCCCACCACCGACAUAGGUCUCAAGCACGCCCUUUUGGCAGAAGAUGCCUCGCUACAGCCGGACCUCCAAGAAGCGUCCCGCCUGCUUGCCGAAGCAGAGGCGUCUCUGAGCAGGGGACGUAUCGAGGAUUCCCAGUCUGUCGCCAAGAAGGCCCUGGAACAGUUUCGGGCCUGCAAGAGCGCCCAAGGCGUGGCCGAUGCUACCCGCGUGGCCAUGUGUGCGCUGGCAGAAUUCGAGUCCCGCAAGGAGGCUCUCGCCUUAGGCCAGGAGCAUCUCAAGGACGUCCGUGCAGCUGGAAACAAAGAGCAGGAGGCCAUGGCCCUGCAGUCCCUUGCAGAGGUGGCCACCUUCCGCUGCCGAGGGGAUCUUCGGGACUCCGCCCUGGCCUGGGCCGAUGAGGCUGUGACGCUCCAGAGAGAGCUCGGCAACAAGAAGCUAGAAGGCUUCGCCCUCUUGGCUGCUGCUUCCGCAUGCACGCAGAAGAGUGUGAAGGCACAUCAGCGGAAGCACUACCUGCGUGCCAUCAAGUCGCUGAAGGCCGCGAUUCAGCUGUUCACUGAGUGUCCAGAGGAGGACGUGGUUGGGCGCAGCGGAGAGGCCAGGGCGCUCCAUGGCCUGGCCUCGGCGACUGGCCGGUUGGAGGAUUUUCGGAAGUCUGUCUCGCACGCCCGCGAAGCGGCGGCGAUGUUCCAACAGCUGGGCCUUAGAAAAGAGGAGGGGCUCGAGCUCGAGUUUCUAGCGCGGCUGCAGCUGCAAUUGGGCCACUACAAG